GUUUGCAAACUGAAGUUGCAGGGUAUCGAUCGAAGAAACGGCGCAAAUCUCCCCAGGCCCGCCGUCAGGUAAAAUCAGCGAUUUUGCAUACAAGGGUUUCCGCGAUAAAACCUGCCAAAUCAUCUGUUGUAAGCCGGGGCUCGGUACUGUAAUUAUGUCCGUAUCAGUCAGUGCGCCUCUUUUCCGCAGCCUUCUCCGACCUCUCCCCAUCGCCACAUUCCACCGAUCCUUCGCCGCCCAGACUGCUCCUCGUACCGCUGCAUCCAAGAUGGCUCAAUUGAAGGAGGGUGAUCAACUGCCCGAUGUGGAGGUGUUCGACGGCGAUGUGAGCAAGAAGAUCAAUAUGCGGGAGCUGUUCAAAGGGAAGAAGGGAAUUUUGUUCGCCGUUCCCGGCGCUUUCACUCCUGGCUGCUCGGCUAAACACCUGCCCAGCUAUGUCAAGAAUAUCGACAAAAUCAAGGCGAAGGGCGCGGAAGUGAUUGCUUGUCUGGCUGUCAACGAUCCCUUCGUGAUGGACGCCUGGGGCAAGGAACACAAAGUCGGUUCCAACAUCCACAUGCUGGCUGAUCCUGAUGGCAAGUUCACCAAGGCCGUCGGACUGGAGUUGGCCGCCAAUCCGGUGUUGGGAAAUGCCCGCUCCAAGCGCUAUUCGGCCAUCGUGGAGGAUGGUGUGGUGAAGAAGCUGAACGUGGAGCCGGACGGCACGGGAACUACCUGCAGCCUGGCGGAUGCCAUCGUCAAUGACCUCUGAAGCGGCGCUUUCUUAAUGGUGUGACAAGGGUUCUUUUUGAUUUUUAUUGUGUUUUCUUCGAAGGCUUCGGCAUUUGAUUUGGUUCUGGUGCGCAGGAAAUUAAUAUUUUGCUGAGUGAAGUUAAUUUAUUUCUGUCGGCUUAGUUUUGCUUAAUUGGUUGUAGCAGAUUUCGUUCUGGGUCUCCGAAUUCUGAAACAUUUCAAUAACACAUUGGCUAAAAAUUUAAAAUGAUCGCUGAUUUGAUCUUUGUUCAUGUGACAUUUUUUGAAGAGCAGCGGCAAGAUCAAGGGAACAGCACCAUGUGA